AUGGAGGCAGCAACAUUUGCCAGUCCUGUCGUAUGUGCCACAUCUAGCAUAUCUUCAAUUAUCUCUACUCUUCAAUCCGUUCUUGCUUCACUCGUUGAUCUGCUGAACCAACUUUCAAACUUGAUAUCCAGUACAACAACAACAGCACCAUCAGUCAACAAUGUGACGAGCUCUUAUACAAGUGUUCUGGUCACAUCUUCUACACCAGGGAGCAGUAUCAUCACAGCAUCAUCCAACAAGCCAACAAUCAUUCCCAACAAUGCGACUAGCAAUCUGCUUGUACCAGCUAGUAUGACAACGCCCAUUUCCAGUACUUUGGCCAGUAACACUAGUACUUCAGCCAAAUAUUCUCCACCAGGAAGCAGUAUCUCAACAGCAUCAUCAAACAAAACAACAAUCAUCCCCAGUAACUUCACAAGCAAUCUGCUUGUACCCGCUAGUACAAUAGUGGCCAUCUCUAGUACUUUGCCUACUAACACAAGCACUUCAGUCACAUCUUCUACAUCAGGGAGCAGUAUUUUAACAGCAUCAUCCAACAAGACAACAAUCAUUCCCAGUAACUUCACAAGCAAUGUGUUUGUGACAGCUAGUACUUCAGUGGCCAUUUCCAGUACCCUGGCCAGUAACACAAGUACCUCAGUCACAUCUUCUACAUCAGGGAGCAGUAUCAUAACAACAUCAUCCAACAAGACAACAAUCAUUCCCAGUAACUUUACAAGCAAUCUGCUUGUUUCCGCUAGUACUACAAUGGUCACAUCUUCUACAACAACAACGCCACCAACCAGCAAUGUGACAAGCUCUUACACAAGUAUUCUGGUCUCAUCUUCUACAACAGGGAGCAAUAUUAUGACACCAUCAUCCAACAAGCCAACAAUCAUUCCUAGCAAUGCAACUAGCAAUCUGCCUGUACCAGUUAGUAUGACAGUGACUAUUUCCAGUACCCUGGCCAGUAACACCAGUAAUUCAGUCACAUCAUCCAACAAGACUACAAUUAUUCCGAGUAACUUCACAAGCAAUAUGUUUGUACCCAAUAGUACUACAAUGGCUACAAUGUCCAGUAUCUUGCCUAGUAACAAAAGUACUUCAGUCUCCUCUUCUACACUAGGGAACAGUAUUUUAACAGCAACAUCUAAUAAGACAACAAUAAUUCCCAGUAAUUUCACAAGCAAUCUGGAUGUACUCACUAGCACUACAAUUGCAGUUUCUAGUACUGUACCCAGUAACACAAUUACUUCCGUUCCAUUUUCUACACCAGGGAGCAGUAUUUUAACAGCAUCAUCUAACAAGCCAACAAUCAUUCCCAGUAACUUCACAAGCAAUCUACUUGUAUCUACCAGUACAACAAUAGCUGUUUCUAGUACCCUGACCAGCAAUAUAAGUACUUCAGUUACACCAGGGAGCAGUAUUUUACCAGCAUCAUCCAACAAAACAACAAUCAUUCCCAAUAACCUCACAAGUAAUACGCUCGUACCAGUUAGUACUACAAUGGCCAUUUCCAGUACACUGGCCAGUAACACAAGUACUUUGGUUACAUCUACGACAGUAGGAAGCAGUAUUUUACCAGCAUCAUCCAACAAAACAACAAUCAUUCCCAAUAACCUCACAAGCAAUACGCUCGUACCAGUUAGUACUACAAUGGCCAUUUCCAGUACACUGGCCAGUAACACAAGUACUUUGGUUACAUCUACGACAGUAGGAAGCAGUAUUUUACCAGCAUCAUCCAACAAAACAACAAUCAUUCCCAAUAACCUCACAAGCAAUACUCUCGUACCAGUUAGUACUACAAUGGCCAUUUCCAGUACACUGGCCAGUAACACAAGUACUUUGGUUACAUCUACGACAGUAGGAAGCAGUAUUUUACCAGCAUCAUCCAAGAAGAUAACAAUCAUUCCAAGUAACUUUACAAGCAAUCUUCAUUUAUCAGCUAAUACUACAAUGGUCAUUUCCAGUACCCUGACGAGUGACACAAGUACUCUUGUCACAUCUGCAACACCAGGGAAUAGUAACUUAACAGCAUCACCCAACAAGACAAUGAUCAUUUCCAGUAACACCACAAGCAAUGCACUUGUACCAGCUAAUACUACAAUGAUCAUUUCCAGUACUGGGGACAGUCACACAAGCACUUCACUCAUAUCUUCAUCACCAGGGAGCAGUAUACUAACAGUAUCAUCCAGUAAGUCAACAAUUAUUUCCAGCAAUUUCACUAACAAUCUGCUUGAACCAGCUAUUACUACAAUGGCCAUUUCCAGUACCAGGGCUAGCAACAGAACUACUUUAGUAAUAUCUUUAAUACCAGGGAGCAGUAUAUUAACAGCAUCAUCCAGUAUGUCAACAAUUAUUCUUAGCAAUACCAGAAAGAUGGUUGCUCCGACAAAUAUAAUCACUUUUUCUAUUACUUGGGUUAAUAAUACAAGUAUUUUAGUCAAAUCUUCUAUACCAGGGAGCAGUAUCCUAACAACGUUAGCCAACAAGACAACAUUCAUUCCCAGUAAAUUCACAAGCAAUCUGCUUGUACCCGUGAGUACUACUAUGGCCGUUUCCAGUACCUGGGCCAGUAACACUAGUACUUCAGUCACAUCUUCUGAAACAGGAAGCAGUAUUUUAACAUCUUCAUCCAAGAAGACAACAACCAUUCCCAUUAACUUCACAAGAAAUGUUCUUGUACCUGCUAAUACUACAAUGCCCAUUUCCAGUACCCCGACCAGUAACAUAAGUAUUUUGGUUACAUCUGUGACACCAGGGAGCAGUAUAUUAACAGCAUCAUCCAAUAAGCCAACAAUUAUUCCCACCAAUGCCACUAGCACUCUGCUUGUACCAGUGAAUACUACAAUGGCCCUUUCCAGUGCCUGGGUUAGUAACACUAGUACUUCAGUCACAUCCUCAACAUCAGGGAGCAGUAUACUAAAAGCAUCACCCAGUGAGUAA